CACUCACUCAUGGAGGGCGGGUCUUCUUACGUCACAACGGCCAAUCAGAGCACAGUGGGACGCGCGCGGGGGCGGGACUGCUGCUGAGCCGGGUGAAAUAAAGCCUUAUCAGGAGAAAAGGCAAGGUUUCUGAGCAGGGCGACAGUGGAUUAACCCCACAGGAGUAAAAAUGGACUGGUUCCACUGUAAUCAAUGCUUCACGAAGAGAGGGUCGAAUUUUGCUGUGUCCAGCUGUGGCCACAUCUGCUGUGAAGCAUGCAUUAAAUCUAAGCAGUGCGGCGUGUGUGGGGCCAGCUGCAGUUAUCUGCCCAUCUCUGACAAGAUGAAGCCACAGGAAAAGGUUUUUUUCAAGGACCCUGUGAAGCUCAUCCAAUCACGGCUACAACACAUUUCACAGAUUUCACUUUUUCAGCGGACACAGAUGGAGAGAGUUACAGCGCACUACAAGCAUAAGUCUGUUGAACUGGAAAGACGUCUGGAGGAAGUCACCAAACAGGUUUACAGGCAACUCUCUGACCUGAAAAGAGAGAACAGUGACUUGAAAAAGCAACUGUUAGAGCUAAAGAGGGAGAAUGCUGAAUUGAAAAAGCCCCUUUCUCAGAGGAGGGUUUCUCCAGGACAGAUUCAAAUAGAUGGUGCUCAAAGGAUGUCACUUCCUAUAGCCGUCACCUCCCCAGUUAUCCCUCGUUCAAGAGCCAUGAGUCAUCUGCAGGGGUGGAGCAGAGAGAGAGCUCCCAGUCUGUCCUCUCUUACAACUCCUGGAUCAGCUACCUCCAUUUCUAGCCACAGUUCUCUUCAUGAACAUAUACACAGAACACCCUCGUCCUUUAGCACUCCAACAAGAGCUCAGCGUCAGACUCCUAAUGUUUUCCAGUUCCAGUAUAUCGAGGCGAGGCGGAGCUGAAGACCAGGAAGCCCAGAAGGCCCAACUGACUCUCCCACAGUGACGGCGGGGUGGGUGUGCCAGUCUGGGAGAGCAGGCCGUGGAUUGGUGGGAGGAGGCGCCUGUAUAAUAAAUCCGUGGCAGUAGGCUAAACAUUUUUACGUCAACCACCCACCAGUCUCCCUCCCUCCCCGACACCUAAAUCAGGCCCACAACCAUCUGACGUGAUUUUCCACGAGAAACAAUAUCUUCAUACAUUUAUAUUACAGAUUCAUCCAACUCCUGCUAAACUCACAGAGAGUAAUAAGGAACAGGAGUUAAUCAUUUUAAGUAAAUAAAUGUACUUGCGUGAACCUCCAUACCUCAAGACCACUGGACAAAAUAUGUAGAUUCUGAGCUGUCAGUCCAGUGGACAAAUUAGCACGACCAGCACUUUAAUUCGAAUUAAGCCAUUUGGAAGAAACAAAUAACUAAUGAUUUUUGGGGGGCUGGCAGUGUAGAGAAGGCUCUGAAACAGCAAGUAGUCAAGCGGAGGAAUAAAACUUACUGAACAAUGAAAAUGAACAGUGUAUUGAGCAUUUGGAUAAAAUCCAUAUUGAUUAAAAGCGUUUUAUUUUGUGCUGGGGGACUUGACCUCAGUAUUUCUAAAUCAAUCACUAUGGCACUCUAUGAGUUCCUGUAUAUUGAUUGUGGAAUUGCAGGCAUACUUCAUCCAAAGAUGGGCGUCUUGCCCAAAACGUCCAUGUUGCAAUAUUUAAAAAGAUAAAGUGCUGUCCUAGUCUUUCUUUUGUUAAUUAUUAACCACAAUCAAGGAUCAGGCAUCCCAGUCUUCAGUGUCUAAUCGUGACUUCAGCGUGUUAUGUCCCGCUUCUCAUGAACUGCAUCAAUUCACAAAGUAUCAACAAAAUUAAGACUUUAAGAUGUGUGAGAUUUACCCAUACAGAGAAACCCAAGUUCUAACAAGAAAUCUUUAGACAGCCUGUUACAUUUCUCUCAUUUUGUAAACAAGAUUGAAGUAUACAGACAAAAGUGUUCCAGGGAUACUUUGUUCCCUCGAGCGACAUACUGAAUUCUUAUCAGCUGAUAUUCUGUGACAGAAAAUAAGCCAGUUGUGUGUCAGUGAUUUACUCAAGAGUUAGCCAAUGUAAUUUAUUGUUUAUGAUAAUUCACAGAAAAAAAACAUAAACAAGAUGCAGAUAUUUGUCUUUCUGUUUUAGAUUCCGCACAUCUUUCUAUCAAUUUGGAGAUGCUGUUUUGAAAAAAGGAACAAGACGCAUAAACAUCAGCAAGUUAAUAUUUCUUUAUUUAACCGGUUGUUACUGUAAUAAUAGUAGUAGUGGUGGUGGUAGUAAGUAGUAGUAGUAGUGUUUUUGGUGUAUACAGUUAAUAGAAAUAUAAUAAGUAAAUGCAAAAAUAAGUGCAGAAAACAGAUUAACAAUAUCAAACAUUUUAUAUUUCUAAAAUGUGUCAUUCAUCUGUAGAUAAUUAUAAAUUUGUAUACUGCUUAAGAAAAUA